GGGGAACAGUAUGCGCACGCGCAGGUGAAGGCGGAAGAAGAGACUGAGGAGAAAAACCCUGUGAUUGGUUGCUGGCGGAGGAGGAGGCGGGGCAGGCACACUUUCUCAGCCACGCCUUCUCCUUGAGACCGCCUUGAGGGGAACGAAGGACUGGGGGGCUGGGCAGUAUGCGCACGCGCAGGUGAAGAAGGAGAAGGCUGAGGAGAAAAACCCUGUGGUUUGGUUGCUGGGAGUUGGCGGAGGGAAGGGAGGAGGGCACACGUUUUCAGACACUCCUUCUUCUCCUUGAGAGGCGGGGCUUGAAGGGAGCGAAGGAGUGAGGAAAACAGAGGAUGCGCACGCGCGCUGUGAGGGAAAGGAGAAAAACUGAUUGGGUUGCUGGGAGGGGCGGUGCACGUUCUAAACCACGCCCCUUUAUCCUUGAGGAGGCGGAGCUUGGGAGUGAGUGAAAGAGUGGGGGAAAUAUUGCCUGCGCAUGCGCGCGGCGAGGGGGGAAGGAAAAAAAAGGCGAUGUAGUUGCUGGGAGCUGGCAGAAGAAGAGGUCGUUGUCGCUCUCCGUGGAGCGGGAGGACUCCAACGAAGCGCCGGUGUCUCCUGGGGCCUGGUCCGUGUUGUAGUGCCUUGGAAGGCGGCGUUGAGGCCCGGAUCGCCGCUCAACAGACUUUCUUGCUGGAUAUGUCUCUUCAUCUUGGUUUAGUAAAAAGAAGAAUUGCUUGACAUUAUAAUGGAUCUUAAGCGGUACUAUCAAGAAAACAGGCUUUCUAAUAUUUAUGUCUGAGAAGUGGUACAGCUUAUUACAUACAACAAUGACAACCUCUCAUAUGAAUGGACAUGUAACAGAAGAUUCAGAUAAUGAAACAAAAAAUGUGGAUCUGGUACCACUUGAGGAAUCUCAGAAGCAUAGAGAAAUGGCUGUUGAUUGCCCUAGUGAUCUGGGCACCAGGAUGAUGCCACUGCGACGAAGUGCUCAACUUGAGCGGAUUCGACAACAGCAAGAGGACCUGAGGAGAAGAAGGGAAGAAGAAGGAAAAAAACAGGAACUGGACCUUAAUUCUUCAAUGCGUCUGAAGAAGUUAGCUCAAAUUCCUCCCAAAAGUGGAAUAGACAAUCCGAUAUUUGAUACAGGUGAAAAUGUUAUUUUGGAGAGCCCACAUUGUGCUGUGAAAAUCCUAGAAGUUGAUGAGCUUCUGUCUUCUAAGCAUGUUCAGCACACACUGUUAGAUCCCCAAAGUCAAGAGGAAAUUGCUCUAAUUUUACCUGUGCAAAACACUGACUUUCAAAAUGCAUUUAAAAUACACAAUGCUGUUACUGUGCAUAUGAACAAAGCCAGUCCUCCAUACCCUCUUAUCUCCAAUGCUCAAGAGCUUGCACAAGAGGAUCAAACUUGUUUGAAACCAAGCCAUCAGAAAGAUGGAGUAGAACUCAUCUUAUUGAAUGCUCCUCAUAUUCAGGCACUGCUUUUGGCUCAUGAUAAAGUUGCUGGAGCAGGAAUGCAGCCAGAACCAGUAAAGAUGAAAAGAUUUAUGAAAAGUUGGUCUCUAUGGGGGAGAGACAGUUAAAAAGUUCGUAUUGAGAAGGCUCGGGAUAUUCCAUUGGGUGAGUAAACUGAGACAAUUCGAAAUGAAAUGGAUUCAGUUAUCAUUAGUCGAAUAGUGAAGGGAGGUGCUGCAGAAAAAAGUGGUCUGUUGCAUGAAGGUGAUGAAGUUCUGGAAAUUAAUGGAAUUGAAAUUCGUGGAAAAGAUGUUAAUGAGGUUUUCGACUUACUGGCGGACAUGCAUGGCACUCUGACGUUUGUGCUAAUUCCUAGUCAGCAGAGCAAACAACCACCAACUAAGGAGACUGUGAUUCACGUGAAAGCUCAUUUUGAUUAUGAUCCAUCUGAUGACCCCUAUGUCCCUUGCAGAGAGUUAGGACUAUCCUUUCAAAAGGGAGAUAUACUUCAUGUGAUCAGUCAAGAAGAUCCAAAUUGGUGGCAGGCCUACCGAGAUGGAGAUGAGGAAAAUCAACCUUUGGCAGGGCUUAUUCCAGGGAAAAGCUUUCAGCAGCAAAGAGAAGCUAUGAAACAAACUAUAGAGGAAGACAAGGAACCAGAAAAAUCAGGGAAACUUUGGUGUGCGAAGAAAAACAAAAAGAAACGGAAGAAAGUUUUAUAUAACGCCAAUAAAAAUGAUGAUUAUGACAAUGAGGAAAUCUUGACUUAUGAGGAAAUGUCACUUUAUCACCAACCAGCAAAUAGAAAACGACCCAUUGUCCUGAUUGGUCCACAGAACUGCGGCCAAAAUGAACUGCGGCAAAGGCUAAUGAAUAAUGAGGCAGACCGGUUUGCUUCAGCAGUUCCUCAUACAACAAGAAAUAGAAGAGACAAUGAAGUAGCUGGCAGAGAUUAUCAUUUUGUAUCACGGCAAGUAUUUGAAGCUGACAUAGCUGCAGGAAAGUUUAUUGAGCAUGGUGAAUUUGAGAAGAAUCUAUAUGGUACCAGCAUAGACUCUGUCCGGCAAGUGAUCAAUUCUGGGAAGAUAUGUCUUUUAAAUCUUCAUACACAGUCACUGAAGAGUCUACGGAAUUCAGACUUGAAACCCUAUAUUAUCUUCAUUGCCCCACCUUCACAAGAGCGGCUUCGUGCAUUACUGGCCAAAGAGGGCAAAAAUCCAAAGCCAGAAGAACUGCGAGAAAUUAUAGAGAAAACCAGAGAGAUGGAGCAAAAUAAUGGGCAUUACUUUGAUACAGCAAUUGUGAAUUCUGAUAUUGAUAAAGCAUACCAAGAAUUACUCCGUUUAAUUAAUAAACUUGAUACCGAACCUCAGUGGGUUCCAUCCUCCUGGCUACGGUGAAAGAAAAUAAUUCCAAGGCAGAAGGAGACUUUGCUAAUAGAGCAGUGGUGGUGAACCUACGCAUAGAGGACUGCUCAUCCUUUAUAUCAGAUGACGGGUUAAGCUCUAGUCUGCACUGAUGCUCGGUGCUCUACCUUUUUUUUUAGAAACAGUGAAGUCUGACGCAAUUCUGUUGCGAUUUAGAAAGUCUGAACUUUCACUACCUUUUUAUCAGUCACUGACAUUCUGAACAAACCACUGUGUUUUUAAUAUUUCGAAUACCCUUUCAAGCAGCUGCUUUAAAAUUUCCUUUUGUCUCUAGAGAUUUGAUCUUAAAGCAAGCAUUUAAAAACCUGAUUAUUAUAAAUAUUGGUUAUUUAACACUGUUAAUUUUAAUGAGUUUGUGAAUAUGAUCAUAUUUUUCAAAAACACCUUCACCGAAUAUUGGACAAAGGAAUGAAUUACUCUACAAGGAGAGUGGAGGAACUGAUCUGCAAGUUCACUUUUAAAUGGGCCACUUUGAUAUAGUUGCCCUCUUAGGCUUGAAUUUGUUUUUAAUGAUGAAACAUUCCAUUAUCUAAUAGCACUGCAAUUUUUGAAAAUAUAUACAAUGUAAAUAUUUCAAACUUCUUUGUCUUUAGUUACUUUGUAAAUCAGGUUGAUAGCUUAUUAAAUAACCCUAAGGCCCAUGAAGGUGAAUAUAUGAUAUUUUAGAUAAGAUAUUUUAUUAAAUUUCUUUUCAUUUGGUUGCCACUUGAUUGGGAGCCACUGUUGUCCCAUGGAAUUGUAGACAAACUUAGAAGGGAAGCUAUAUUUUUAUGAAAAUAGAUGUUCUUAUAUGGAUUUUUUUUAAAGCCUUUGCUUCUUUACAGUGUAAAAUUGUAUUUUAUAAUCAAAAAGGAUUUUGGGAUCAUGAAUAUUAGAGUAUUUUCUUGUAUUUUUAUACCUAGGUACAAGAUUUCUCAUGGCUAUUUGCCAUGUAGGUAGUUAACUGGAGUUAAUAUUAAAAAAUAACUAAGUCAUCACCCUAUAGUGGGAGAAUGGGGUGGAAACAUCACUAAAUUAGGAAUGUGGCAUAUUCUCUUUUCUAGCAAUGUGCAAUUGAAAAUUCCCAUGAAGGUUCAGAUACUACAGCUUUUGCAUCUAUGAAACCUCUCCAAUUGUAGCUCAAUUUAAAUGGAUGAGUUUUGUUGCUUCUUUGUGGGUGGGGCCCUUGAAUGUGAAUAUUAAUAGUUUUUCUUUGUUCUCAGUUAUAGCUUUUAUUUUUAUAUACUGUCAUACACUGGAAUUUCAUCAACAUCUGGUUGAGUGUACUAACAGUGAAGAACUGGCUGUUUUUCUAGAAACGAGUCAACUGGAAAAAAAUAUAUAGGCAAAGCUGAUACUUUUGUGUGUUUGUAACUAAACAUGGCUCAAAACAUGCACAUGGGGAAAACUGCUUAAGAAUUGAAAUUCCUCAGUAUUAUAUGAUCUGUUUCUUACCAUGGUGGGAAAGAUAUCUUUUGAAACAUCCAGCAGUUUUUCUGUGCAGAUUAUAUACAAAGUGUCUUAAUAAGCAGCACGUCUAUCAGAAGAUUAUACAAUCACUUAAUUGUGUGCCUCCAUCCAAUAAAGUGGGUACGAAAUAGAAAUUAUAUGAAAUAAUUAUUAUAUAUCAUCCUUGUAUGUAUCAUCCUAAAAACUUUUCCCAAAUAGUCAACUUUGCCAUAGAAUGCAAGCCAUGAAGUUGAACGCUGUGGUGUACUUUUCCUUUGGUUUGAUAGAAAUGAAAUUCAGAUAAACUGGGACCAUACAAAUGCUUUCCACCUUGAUCAUGGUUAAGAGUUCAGGAAUCCUUCCUUUCAUAUACAUCCCCAUCCCAGCCCUGCUGGGCUAACUACAAUUUAUGUCUUUACUGCUAUUAACCAUGUUAAGCUUGCCCCUUGGCAUUUGAAACCAGUAUUGGAAGCUGUUUACAAAUCCAAACAUUGGUAAGCAUUCACACAGGUUAAAAAUGGUGUAAAUAUGAAAAAUUGUGAAGGGUUGUAAAAUUUGCACACAAGGAGGAAGAGUCUAUGGAGUAGUACACAAGACCUGAAAUUUGAUAUGCAAAUAUGCUGUUGUGCUUGUACCAGUCACUUUGCAAUAAUGCUUGUGCAUUUUCAGGGUUAGUGUAUGAGUGGUAUCAAGUACAGUUUUUGUUGUUCAAGCAUUUGUGUGGCAUUUGUGAAGGAGUUGCACAAAGGUGUAGCACAGCACAAUUGUGAUAGGUAUUUUAACUCUUGUUAGCAUUACAUUGGAUUUAGUCCAAGGUGUCAUGCCUAAUCUCAUUUUAACCAUGGCUAAAAUUGGCACACAACAACAGCAAAGUAUGAAAACUGUUAAAUGUUGCACCAUUCCGUGGUUUAGCCUAAACUAUCUAUUUGUUGUCAUCUGUAAGAUACAUGGUGCUGAUCCCCUUUCAGUCUAAAGGUAAUUAAGUUUAUAACUGUAUGGUGGGGGAGAAUUGUAACACACACUACUAUCUUAGGUUUAAAAACAUGUAGUGGCUUCCAAUGUAAUUCAGGAUACAUUCUAGAACAGUAAAUGAAAUAAUGAACAUGGCAUGCCACACCAAUAAAUGUAUUGAUGAGUGGGUUGUUUAAGCAAUAAAUUCUUUGUUUUCCCACCCUUUUUCAGAUUCUGAGAUGUUUAAAAAUAGUUGCUGAUUAUAUUUCAGAGAAUGGCAAAAUUUCCAGAAACAGGUUGAGUCUCCUUUAUCAGAAAUGCUUGGGACCCGAAAUGUUUUGGAUUUUGGGGGGAAAAAAAUCAGAUUUUGGGCUAUUAACAUACAUAAUAAAAGAUUUUCGAGAUGGAA